AUAGUCAAGAUAGUCGAGGAACCGGCUCACACUGUGCGGGAGGAGAGCAGCCAGGAGACUGAGGUGUACCUCAGUGCCGUGGUUGGCUACGCCCAGUUCAAACUGAGCACGAUUGUGGUUCAUCUCAACGACACCUUGCCCUUCGAGACAAGUACAGCCACUUUCAGGAUGGACAACACAGGGAAGGUAGCCCUGCAAUACUUCUGGGAAGAAGCUGCAGAUUAUGAACCAGUGAGCAAGCCCUAUUCAACCACUCUGAUGCGUCAGUUGCUCUCUUCUGCUACUGUAAAGAAGUACAGAAAGCUGGUGCAUAGUUUCUGGUGGCAGCAGGGCUCUCAUUUUAAGACACAUCCUUCUGAGCUGCGGCGCCUACAGGAGCUUGCCAAGCAGCAGCAGGAUUCCAAGCAGCAGCAGCCUUCUGAGCAGCAGCAGCAGGAGCCUGAGCAGCAGCAACAGGAGCAGUCCAAGCAGCAGCAGGAUUCCAAGCAGAAGCAGUCCAAGCAGAAGGACCGUUCCAAGAAGCUACGCCGCUCUAAGCAAAAGCAGCUCUCUCUGGAGCGUGUCAGUUCCUCCCUGGAAAUCUUCCCAGACAUCGUCCAUGACGUGCCCCUGUUCUCUAUCGACCCCGACCACGGCACCAUCGCUCCUGGCCAGCAGCAGACCUUCCAAGUGCUGUUCUCCCCGAAGUGUGUGGGGAACUUUGAGAUCACCAUGCUGUGCAGCAUUCCUAACCUGGAGCCGAGUCACAGGAGGGUGCGGGUGAUUCUGAAGGGCAGAGCCCGGGACCAGAAGAGUUUUGAUAGAGAGAAACGCUCUGCCUUACGGCAGGCAGAGGAAGGCCAGAGACCCAAGAAGCAGGUGCGCUGGCAGCCAACACCCGAGUGACAACAUUUGUGUCAGCUGGAGCAUCCAGCAGGAGCUGGCAACAUCUUGUUUGCUGCUGCUGAUGGUCUCCCACCUCCUACCUGAGACCUCUGCAGCCACCCUCUCAAGCUCCAGCUCCACCUCCUCAUUAUCAUUUAACUAACCAAUUGUUAGUUAAAUGGUAAUUAACUAUUAAUCACUGUUCAUUAAACAGUUGUUCACA